AUGAGCGGCAAAGCAGACAACGAGCAAUUGAAGAGCUCAAAGCUCUUCGACGUCUCCCACGUGACCGCUGUCGUUACAGGCGGUGGAACGGGUAUUGGCUUGAUGAUCACACAAGCUCUCGUUGCCAAUGGCGCGAAAGUGUACAUCACGUCUAGGCGUGAAGAGGUGCUCGAAAAGACGGAGAGUCUCUACAACAGCGGUCCUGGACAAGUGAUACCGCUUCAAGGCGACGUAAGCGACAAAAACGACAUCAAGCGUCUCGCCGACGAAAUCGCCAAAAAGGAGCCCAAGGGUAUCCAACUCCUCGUCAACAACGCAGGCAUCGCACGGGACGACAAGACCAAAUUCAGCACCGCAGGCCAACCCGACCUCGACGACGCCGAGGCCAUCUCAGCGCACUUCUGGAACUCGGAGCCGGACAGCUGGGCGGAUACGUUCAGAACUAACGUCACGGGGCUGUACUUCAUGUCCGUUGCCUUUUUGCCGCUGCUCGCGAAGGGAAGGGAGGUUACGCCGGGGUAUACGUCGAGUGUCAUCAAUGUGACAUCGAUUUCCGGGUUCAUGAAGGGGAGUAGUGGUGGGCAGCCGGCGUAUGCGGCUAGUAAGGCGGCGGCUACGCAUGUUUCGAGGAUGCUGGCGACGACGUUUGCGCAGACGAAGGUUAGGGUGAAUGUUAUUGCGCCGGGUGUGUUUCCUAGCGAGAUGACGACUGGUGAGUCGGGCGAGGAUAAUAAGUCGGCCAUUGACAAGAAGAUGAGCAAUCCUGCUGGGCGGCCGGGGAAUGAUUUCGAUAUGGCAGCGACUGUUCUCUUCUUGGCUGGUCCAGGCGGCGUGUUUUAUAACGAGCAGAUUCUUUUCCCCGAUGGAGGCAAUACGCUUGUCCAGCCCGCGACGAACUGA